CAUUGUGCUGCUCAUAUGAGAACCAUACACUUUGCUGUGUGCGCUCGUUAAGAUCUGACCGUCUCCUGACUUCAGUUGGGCUGCUUGAAAGUGACUUUCUGAAACCAUGAGUGUUUCACACGAGACCUGCCUCCUAGACCAGGUGUUGGAGCUUAUUAUGAAUGAGAAGCCACCCAACAGUGCAAGUCUUUUCUUAAACGAGGACACAGAAAAACCACCUUCACCGGUCAAAGCUGACCUUAGGAGACGCCUUUGCCGAGCCAUGGAGAGGAAAGCGAGCAGCAUGAAGCAGAGGAUUGGCUCCAUUGGCAGAAAAAGCGUCAAAGGUUUCCUCAGGAGGAACCUGUUUGUUUUGUUCACCAUCGCUGCUGUAGCUCUGGGUGUAAUCCUAGGCUUCGCUCUGCGCCCACACAACCUGUCCAUGAGGGAAAUAAAAUACUUUUCCUUUCCUGGGGAGCUGCUGAUGAGAAUGCUGAAGAUGCUGGUGCUGCCUCUGAUUGUUUCCAGUCUGGUCACAGGUAUCUCCUCAUUGGACAGAAAGGCAUCAGGCAAAAUGGGUGUACGCGCGGUGGUCUACUACAUGGUGACCACACUGAUCGCAGUGUUUAUUGGUAUCGUGAUUGUGAUGAUCAUCCGGCCGGGCAGAGGCAGCAGGGACAGUCCAGUGGUGAAAAAUGGAAAUAUUGAACCGAUUCAAACUACAGAUGCUUUUCUGGACCUCAUCAGGAACAUGUUUCCCCCCAACCUAGUAGAAGCAUGCUUCACUCAGCAUAAAACAGUGUAUAAGAAGAUCAUUCACACAAGGAAUGUGACAGUGACUCUAAACCUCACCAACAUUCUCAACAUAACAGACUCUCACCUGAAUGAAAACCUCAGCAGGGUGCUCCACACUAUACAGGAGACAGUGGAGGAAACAGUCCCUGUGUCCGGGUCCUCAGCCGGCGUGAAUGCCCUGGGUCUGGUUGUCUUCUCCAUAUGCUUUGGCCUGGUCAUUGGCAACAUGAAAGAUCAGGGACAGGCUCUUAAAGAGUUUUUUGACUGUUUAAAUGAGGCAAUAAUGAGGCUGGUUGCCAUUAUUAUUUGGUAUGCUCCUGUUGGAAUCCUGUUUUUGAUCGCUGGAAAAAUAGUGGAGAUGAAGAAUCUGGCAGAGGUGGGCGGUCAGCUGGGGAUGUACACAGUAUCUGUCAUUGUGGGUCUUCUAAUCCAUGGACUAUUUGUCCUGCCGCUGCUCUACUUUGUGGUUACCAGAAGAAACCCUUACAGUUUCAUUGGCGGCCUGCUCCAGGCCCUGAUCACUGCUUUAGGGACAUCCUCUAGCUCUGCUACACUGCCCAUCACUUUCCGAUGUCUUGAAGAAAACAACCACGUUGAUAAACGAGUGACACGCUUCGUCCUUCCUGUGGGAGCCACCAUCAACAUGGAUGGGACUGCCCUGUAUGAGGCUGUGGCGGCCAUCUUUAUCGCUCAAGUAAAUGACAUGGACCUAAACUUUGGGCAGAUUCUCACCAUCAGUAUCACAGCAACGGCUGCCAGCAUCGGAGCAGCAGGCAUCCCUCAGGCUGGCCUGGUGACCAUGGUGAUCGUAUUGACAUCGGUGGGGCUGCCCACAGAGGACAUAACACUGAUCAUCGCCGUGGAUUGGUUCUUAGAUCGCUUGCGCACCACUACCAAUGUACUGGGUGAUUCCCUUGGUGCCGGCAUCGUGGAAUACCUUUCACGUGAAGAACUGCAGAAUCAAGAUGCUGAUUUGCAUAACUCUGUGAUUGAGGAGAACGAGAAGCCGUAUCAACUCAUCUGCCAGGACAAUGACAUCCUCAACCACCUGAACAGUGAGACCACAAUGUGAGGACAGCUGUUUUCACUUGACAGAACUUUAUAAAUAAAUAACAUUUUACAGAGGGUGAGAGUUUUUGACCUAAAGAAGUUUCUAAAGGAAGUGAUAAAUGAAAUAUAUCAACUAGCGGCAUCUUGUGCCAUAACUGCAAUAAGGCUUUCUUAAAAAAAUACUGAUCCUAUCCUAGAAAGCUAAGGUAACAUAAAUUGGAUGCAAAUGAUGUGCAGUUUACAUUCAGAAAAAUGUAUUUUAUUACUAUAAAAACAUACUAUGAUUAUUGCUUUUCUGACAGAUUUUAGCCUGUAUUUGGAUGAAUUAUAUGGUUUAUAAUCUAUGAACUUCAGAUAUUGGGAAUUUGUUGUUUCUUUUUCUUCCUUAUAGCAUGACAUUCAAGCAUUGAAUCAAUUUCUUUACUAGGAUCAGCACUUACUACCAACAUGACUUCCUUUAUAAAGUCUUUUUCUUUUUUAAUUCUCUUAUAUUGACUACCUCUCCUAUGGUAGUUUUAUGAGUUUCCACAAAACACUCAUUUACAGCAGAUUGUAAAUAUGAAUAUAAAAUUAGAUUUCAGUUUCCUUACAUAACUUAAAUCAAAGACUUUGGAUGUACUGGACUGUUUUACACUUAAAAAGUGUGUAGUAA